AAGGUCUAGUACUCCCCUUUUGAAGCCUUCUUCUUCACGCCUCGCAGUCCCAACUGCCGUACGCGCAGUUUCGUCUACCAGUAAUCUCCAUGUCCCCCCUGCAGCCACUCUUUAUCUCCCGUCCGAGACCGCGUCCGUUCAUGGCCUAGGACUCGACAGCUCAGCAUCAUCAAUCAGAAACGUGGACAUGAAUGAGGGAAUACUGAUCCAGGAUUCGGAAGCCGAUGUUGUGAACAGCGAAGAGACUACAGCUAUCGGUCACAUGGAUGACGUUGCAGAUGAGGGAUCGAGGAGGAGCUUGCGAGAUCAUCUCAGGAGAACUCUGAGUGGAAAGAGGUCCUCCUCCACCGCCAGUCCUCCCCGACGUCGAGAUACCGAUCCUGACUUGACGGAGGUAGCUUGGAAAGACAGCAGUCAUGAGUUUGCGCCGCGAUCCUAUUUUGUCCUGACAGAAGCCGGGAAGCCUGUAUUUGCUAGUCAACCAAACGAUGAGGCUGCGAACUCAUUAUCUUCCAUGAUGGGAGUCGUGCAGGCGCUUAUCUCAAUCUUUCUCGAUGACGGAGACAAGAUACGUUGCAUUAAUGCAGGCAAAAUGAGAAUUACUUUCCUUCAACGUCCUCCACUGUACUAUGUUUGCGCAUCUUCCUGGGGUGAACCCGAGUCCGCGAUGAGAUCACAUCUUGAGUAUCUUCACCUGCAAAUACUCAGUGUAGUAACCGCUGCCCAACUGCGGCGGAUUUUUGAGCGUCGAACGAACUUCGAUCUCAGACGGUUGCUUGACGGUUCCGAACCAUUUUUGGUCUCCUUGCUCCAUAGGAUGGAACUUGAUCUGGCUAUGGCAACCUCAUCGCUACACUGCCUCCAGUUGGAGUCGAACCUUCGGGCGCGCGCCGCGGAUGCUCUGGUGCCAGUUACCAAGAUGAAGGACGUCCUCUACAUCAUCCUGGUCGCGGAAGGCAGGGUCGUAACGUUGGUCAGGCCAAAGAAGCACUCGAUACAUCCUACGGAUUUACACAUUCUCGUCAAUACCAUUCAUGCCCCUUCCAUCUAUAACUCUCCCGCAUCUGCGUCUUGGAUACCUAUUUGUCUCCCAAAGUUCAAUCCAACAGGUUUCGUGAACGCAUACAUCUCAUUUUUGCGCAAAUUCGACGGUGACGAGGAAUCCUCGCAGCCUCAGAGUCCACCUAAAAGCAUGGAUCAUUCUCAGCAGCAGGGCCCACGAGGAAACACCGAUCCAUCAGCAUUAACACAGUCUAGAGCUCACCGUGAUGCUGGUAUUGCUCUCGUGUGCAUCAGUGGUGGUGGAGAAUUCGAGACCGUCCGAAAUUGGUGUGAUAAGGUUGAACAGAAACUAGAGCAGGACGGGACUCUUCAGGCUAUCUCACAGCUCAUACAAACGGGGAAGGCUGAUUAUUCCGUUUCUGCGCUGGGAAUCCCAGGGCUUCGGCAUUUUGUGUACAAAUCUAGGCCUCACGUGCAGGUCACUAUGCCAUCAUUUGAGGAGCCGUAUGAAGAGCUUGAUAAUAGGCGGAGGAUCGUAACACUAUACCAAAUGAUACAUGACGCUAUUCAUGCGAAAUCUGGGCAAGAAGGGACACUGAAGUUGCAAUACAUCCGAACGGAGAGCGAGAUUGUCAUGGGAUGGAUCACUCAGCCUUUCGAACUAUACAUUGCCUUGUCACCUCGCUUACCCAAAAUAGCUGUCAUCAACGCCGCCAAUGCUGUCGCACGUUGGGUGAAAAAGGAAGAGGCCUCACUUUUCCUGAAAGAUGCACCGGUAUUUUGAGUAGACGUUACUUGAAAGACUUUGGCGUUUAUUCAUCAAGGAUGUCGGUAAUGUCAUAUGUCAGCGGACUCGUUUCCCCUGUACCCAGACAGAUAACCUGUUACGCCCAUCACCCAUGCACCACCACUUUUCGACAAGCUCCUCCGUGAUGCCACCAGGAUUAUCGAAGAUGUCAAUGGCCC